AUGAUAAUUGACGACCAGGUUGAACUGAUUUACAAUACGGCAAUUGGAUAUUCAACAUUCGUCUCUCAAUAUGAACAUAGAAAACGAAAAAGAACAUCACGAAGGAAGAGGGGGAUGGCUAAGAAAGACGUUGCUGCUAAGCCUUCCUCUUCCUCCGGUGGUAAGAAGGCCAAAAAGAAGUGGUCCGCUAAGAAGGUCAAGGACAAGGCCAACAACAUGGUUGUUUUGGACAAGCCUACCUAUGAACGUCUCUUCAAGGAAGUCCCUACCUACAAGCUCAUCAGUCAAUCUGUCUUGGUAGAUCGUCUCAAGUUGAACGGUUCUCUUGCUCGUAUCGCUCUCAAGGAACUCACUGCUCAAGGUCUCAUCAAGCCUCUUACCAUCCAUCACGCUCAAGUUAUCUAUACUCGUGCUACUGGUGAUGAAAAGAAGGCUGCUGCUGCUGAAUCCGACGAAGAAUAG